UCUCUCAUUAUCAAGAUGGGUCUAAAAGGGCAAUGGUGUUUUCCUUGGUCUGGUCCUCGGAGACAUCGAGGGAACCAAAGGGGAACAGCUCAGACUUUGGUCAUCCAUCCAAACUCUAAUCAGAUCAGAGAGCAUCCCCUGCCUGGAGAACCCAGUCUAGGAGACAAUGCCUACUUCAGCAGCAAAGCUCGACUCUCCUUCCGGCACCAGCUGCAUGCCACAACUUCAGCCAACGAUGCUACCAACUGAAGUCUGGUGGGGACCGGCAACUCUUAGGUGACUGGCAAAUCUUGACUUUACAUGUCUCAUUUCUCAUUAAAUUUAUUCUGUAAUAGGCAGAAUUGUGUUGAUAUUUUGGGGGCACCCCUAAAAAUCACCUUUGCUGAGAUUAGAGCUAGUGAUCACUUAUUUGUAGGAAGAAAUAUAUGGGGGAAGAAGGGGAAGUAAGGAGUGGGCUGGGAUAACCCAAAUGAGCUGAGAAAAAAAUUUUUAAAGUGUAUUGACUAUGAGGGAAACUGGGAGACCAAGUCUUCUAACCAGGAAAAGACAUGCAGUACUUCUUCACUUAGUUCAAUUCUAUCCUCCUACUUAAUUUAACAUUUCCUGCUCAAUUCCAGGAAGCCUUCCCUAUAGCUAUUGAGUGAAUCAUUGGGGAUUUUUAUGAGGAUGGAGAAUAAUUCCUCAUUUCAUAUGCUGAAUAUCUUAGUUGAUAGCAAGAGUACGUUUUUCUUUUAAGCUGGAUUUAUAGCAACUUAAUAAAAGUGCACUUCUGGGCAGACUAA